AUGGCACAGAGGAAAGGGGCAAAAAAGGAGGUCAUUCCUGAAGAGUCUUUACCUUUUAUACAGAAAAUCGCCUGCCUGCAGAUGAACCUCAGUGAUGCUUAUUAUUUCUUGAGUUGUUAUUAUAUGGAUGAUGUGGCAGUGGUCGGUGUUGGAGCAUACAUUCAGGACCAGGCUGCAUUGAAAUGGUAUCAUGCAAAAGAAUCCAUGAGAUACAUCAUAAAAAGAGGUAAUAAAGUCUGCCUUCCGGAUAUUCAGAGACCUGAACUAGGCCACCAGAGAUGCAUUGACUGUUUAAUGACUGUUCUAUGUAUGGAAAAAGAAUUAACUGAAGUCCUGCGAAGUCUGUAUGCCACAGCCUUUAAUAUUGGAGAUACUGAUACAUUAAAAUUUGUGAGAGCGUUAAUAUCUAAACAGACAAAGAGUGAAGAACAUUUGGCAAAUGGAAUUGCUGAGCAGAAGAAGCAAGAAGAGAAGGAGAAGCGAGAAGAACAGGAGAAGCGAGAAGAACAGGAGAAGCGAGAGGAGCAGGAGAAGCGAGGUGAUGAGCAGGAGAAGCGAGGUGAUGAGCAGGAGAAGCGAGGUGAUGAGCAGGAGAAGCGAGGUGAUGAGCAGGAGAAGCGAGGUGAUGAGCAGGAGAAGCGAGGUGAUGAGCAGGAGAAGCGAGGUGAUGAGCAGGAGAUGGGAGGUGAUGAGCAGGAGAUGGGAGGUGAUGAGCAGGAGAUGGGAGGUGAUGAGCAGGAGAUGGGAGGUGAUGAGCAGGAGAUGGGAGGUGAUGAGCAGGAGAUGGGAGGUGAUGAGCAGGAGAUGGGAGGUGAUGAGCAGGAGAUGGGAGGUGAUGAGCAGGAGAUGGGAGGUGAUGAGCAGGAGAUGGGAGGUGAUGAGCAGGCUCAGAUGUAGGAGGAAGAAGAGGAGGAGGAGGAAGAGGAAACACGCCUGUCCCCGCCCCCUGACAUGGAAACUGCCAAGAAGAUAACUGAGUGGAAGCAAAUCGGAGCAACUUUUUAUUGCAGGUCCUACAGUCAGUAAUUUAAAGUCUGUCAUUUCCACUUGCCUGA